AACACACACGUACAUUUGUUGAAAACUUAAUUGCUUUGAGUUCAACAUGGAAACUGGCGGAUUUACUUUGCUUCUUUUUGUGACGAGCCUUGGAUCAGUUCAGGCUUACCCGACUGCCACGCAUGUUUGGCCGCUGGUUCCCGGAAACUUCAGUCUGGACAUUGUUCAAAACUUAGCAGACGGGGACAAAGGCUGUCAUGUCACCACUGGACAAGCACAUCCGAGCCUGGACUACGAAAGCGCGGUAUUUUUGGGUACACAGACUUCGUAUGUCGAUGUUCGGGUAACGGAUACGAGUCUAGUCGGCGGAGACUUUUCAAUCCUCGUUCAUUUUGCUCCACUAAGCACAAAGGGAACUAUUUUACACUACCAUCAAGACCAGCCGGCCAUUAAUCCGACGGACUUUUACAUCAAAGAAAUCAGAGCUUACUAUACCGAAAGUGCUUUUUUGGUAGAGUUCGCCCUCAAGACGGUAGUUUACCAAUACAUUGAUGUCAGAAAUAUGAGUAUGAACAAUUCAUGGCGUUCAUUGAUCAUCCAAUAUGACAAAGGUGCGAAAAAGCUGAAACUGUACCUUGAUCAACUUGUUUGGGAGUCGACUGCGGCCGAAAAGCUUGAUCUAGGUUUACCAGGAUCUAUAAGGUUCGGUGCGGGUCAAUCUGAAACUUUGCCAACAUUUCGCGGGUUUUAUACGUGCGGGUUGAUGUGGGAUACUAAGGUAGACGAGACCGACUAUGCCGAUGCGCUCUUGGAAUGCACAUCUGCGAAUUGGCCUGUCGGGGCGUACGAAUCAUCAAUAGCGAACCAAACUUGUGUAACGGAUAGAAGUUCUUUUGAAAUAUUUUCCAAGGACACGUCACUUCCUUCAACAGUGGUUACCAUUGGCAAAAUGUCUACCAGGUCAAAGAUCAUGUGUGCAGACCGUUGCUCAGCAACGGACACGUGCGCUGGUUUCACGUUUACAAAGGGGAGCAAAGAAUGUAAUCUUUACGACAGUUUCUAUGGCGCCGAAACAGCGCCAUUGAUUGGAACUGACUAUUAUAUAUUGAAAAACACAUGUUGCUGAU